CUCACUCAAUGCAGGAUUCUCGCAUUCCCGUCACGGUGCUCUCGGGCUUCCUCGGCGCCGGCAAGACGACGACGCUCAACAAUCUGCUGUCCAACACCACCGGGACCAAGCUGGCGGUCAUUGUCAACGACAUGUCCGAGGUCAACAUCGAUGCGGCGCUCGUCACUCGCUCGACUGAGAAGAUGGUCAACCUCUCGAACGGGUGCAUCUGCUGCACGCUCCGCGGCGACCUGCUCGAAUCGAUUGCCGCUCUUGUGGCGCCCGGCGCGCCGGCCAUCGACGGCAUCGUCAUCGAGUCGACCGGCAUUGGCGAGCCGUUGCCGGUGGCGCAGACGCUCUCGCUCACCCCCGAGGAGCUCGGCGACGAGUCCCUCACCUCGGUUGCCAACCACGUCCCCGUCGACACCAUGGUGACCGUCAUCGACGGCCCGGGCCUCCUCGCCCGCAUGGCGUCGGGCGAGGAUCUCGCCAGCCUCGCCAUGGCCGCCGGCGAAGACGACGACCGCACCCUCGCCAACCUCCUAGUCGACCAGAUCGAGUUUGCCGACGUCAUCCUCGUCAACAAGGCCGACGUGGCCUCCGAGUCCGAGAUCGCCGCCAUCACCACUCUCAUCCGCCAGCUCAACCGCAACGCCAAGGUUGUGCCCACCAUCCGCGGCAACGUCCCACCGGCAACCAUCGUCAACACCGGGCUCUUUGAUCUCGAUGCCGCAGAGUCUGGCGCAGGCUGGCUUCAGGAGCUCCUCGGCGUUCACACGCCCGAGUCUGAAGAGUACGGCAUCAAGUCGUUUGUCUUUCGCGCCCUCCGUCCCUUCUACUCGGAUCGGUUCCAUGAGUAUGUGGCGGCCGAAGGCAGCACGCUCGGCGACGCAGUCGUUCGCGCCAAGGGCUUUGUCUGGCUCGCCACUCGUCACGAUCUGCAGUUUAUCUUCCAGAAGGCUGGCACCAUGUGCUCGUUCGAGCCGGCUCGCCCGUGGUGGAUCAACAUCCCGCGCAGCGAGUGGCCCGACGACCCCACCAUCGUCGAGUCGAUUCAGAAGGAGUGGGAUCCCAAGUGGGGCGAUCGCGCUACCGAGCUCGUCUUUAUCGGCAUGGACAUGGACGAGGCUGCCAUCCGCCGCGAUCUCGAAUCUUGCCUCCUCUCGCCCGAGGACAUGGCCGCUGGUCCCGAGCACUGGGCUCGGACCAUCGAGGAUCCGUUCGACUUUGGCGAAGAGGAAGAGGAGGACAUGGACGAAGAGGACGAAGAUCACGCGCAUCAUGCGCACCACGCGCACCACGCGCACCACGCCCACCACGCCCACGCAUAAAACAGCUUUAC